GUUUGCCUCCAAUGAGUAAGAGGAAGGGAGGAGUGAAGUGCUCGAUGGAGACCAAGCAAGGAAACGUGUCAGCCGUGGGAGCUGGAGUUUCUGCGGCGGCUACAGCAGCUUUGACGGCUGUGAUGAGCAGCCCGGCUAUGGCUUUGGUGGAUGACAGGAUGUCAACGGAGGGAACCGGCUUGCCCUUUGGUCUGAGCAACAACCUCUUGGGUUGGAUUCUUUUAGGAGUGUUUGGUUUGAUCUGGACUUUCUACUUCACCUACACUUCAUCUCUUGACGAGGAUGAAGAAUCUGGUCUUUCACUCUGA